AACCUGGACAUUGAGCGCCCAACCUACACCAACCUUAACCGCUUGAUUAGUCAGAUUGUAUCAUCAAUCACUGCAUCACUUCGUUUUGAUGGUGCCCUCAAUGUAGACCUUACAGAAUUCCAGACGAACUUGGUGCCCUACCCCCGUAUCCAUUUUCCCUUGGCCACCUAUGCCCCGGUAAUCUCUGCGGAGAAGGCCUACCAUGAGCAGCUCUCGGUCUCUGAGAUAACGAACGCCUGCUUUGAGCCAGCCAACCAGAUGGUGAAGUGUGACCCGCGUCACGGUAAAUACAUGGCUUGCUGCCUCUUGUACCGUGGUGAUGUAGUGCCCAAGGAUGUCAAUGCUGCUAUUGCUGCAAUCAAGACCAAACGUAGUAUCCAGUUUGUGGACUGGUGCCCAACUGGUUUUAAAGUUGGCAUCAACUACCAGCCUCCCACUGCAGUCCCUGGUGGUGACCUGGCCAAAGUGCAGCGCGCAGUCUGCAUGUUGAGUAACACCACCGCCAUUGCGGAGGCCUGGGCCCGGCUGGACCACAAGUUUGACUUGAUGUAUGCCAAGCGUGCCUUUGUCCACUGGUACGUGGGUGAGGGGAUGGAGGAAGGAGAGUUCUCUGAAGCCCGGGAGGACAUGGCAGCUCUUGAGAAGGAUUAUGAAGAAGUGGGAUUGGACUCCUAUGAGGGUGAGGAAGACGAGGGAGAAGAGUAUUAA